AUGUCCACAGGUCAUGUCAUCAGAGUCACAGGCCUCGCGCCCGAAACCUCAGAGGAGAAACUCCACGACUUCUUCUCCUUCUGCGGAAAGCUCGUCAAGGUCCAAAAAUUGGGCAACUCGGCCGAGAUUGAGUUUGAAAAGCUCAGUGCCAUGCGCACCUCUCUGAUGCUCAACGGUGGUACUCUUGACGGUGCCCACUUGGAAGUGACCUCGGUGUCUGAGGAGCCCAAGGCGGCAUCGAUCCUCCCCGCCUCCGCAACCGGAACAACCCCUAUCGGCGCUGAAAUCAGCCAGGAGGACAAGCCUGCUGCUGCCAUUGUCGCCGAAUACCUCGCUCACGGUUACGUCCUUGGGGACCACAUCGUCCAGCAGGCCAUCGACUUUGACCACAAGCAGGGCAUCUCGUCUCGAUUCUUGAACUUCUUCAACUCGAUUGACCACACCGUCGGCCAGCGCGUCAUUGGCGAGAACCAGACUGUGUCGGGCAAGGUCGGCGAGCAGGCCAGCUUUGUCGUCAACAAGACCAAGGAGGUUGACCAGAACCGCGGCGUUAGCGCCAAGCUCUCCGAGUACUACUCGAAGCUGGUUGGCACUCCCGUCGGUUCAAGGGUGCACAGCUUCUACACCACCACCCAGAAGCAGGUCUUGGAUGUUCACGAGGAGGCCAAGCGCAUCGCCGAGGAGAAGCGUGUCGCCGCCGCCGCUCAGACCCCAGCUGCCCCCGCCACUACCACGGUUCCUGUUGUCCUGCCCGCAGCUGGUAUCACUGGACCCGUCUAG